AUGCCACAGGACUCUCCUGCUGGUUUUGGUAUGGAUCCAGUGUCAGCUAAGGGACAGAGACUGCAUGCACGGGUGAUUGAAGGAUCACCGGUCAAGACAAGGAUUGAGAAACAGGAUGCCAAGGUGGCUGACCUGACUCUGAGGGACCAACAACUUGGAUCAAGACUAGACAGAGGAACAGUGAAAAUGAAGCAAGCAGUAACUGAGCAUGUGCCCGAGUCAGCUUACUGGAGCAAAGACGACAUAGCUUCCACAUAUGGAGGCAUACAACAUGGGGACCUGAACUCCUUCCUGUGGACCAUCCGACGGGACCCCCCGGCCUACUUGUUCGGCACCAUCCACGUGCCCUACACGCGGGUGUGGGACUUCAUCCCGGAGAACUCCAAGGCCGCUUUCCAGGCCAGCUCCGGCGUGUACUUCGAGCUGGACCUCACCGACCCCUACACCAUCUCCGGCCUGGCUAGCUGCCAGAUGCUGCCCCACGGGGAGAACCUGCAGGACGUGCUGCCCCGCGAGCUGUACCGCCGCCUCAAGCGGCACCUGGAGUACGUCAAGCUCAUGCUGCCCCACUGGAUGACCCCGGACCAGCGGGGCAAGGGGCUGUACGCCGACUACCUCUUCAACGCCAUCGCCGGCAACUGGGAACGCAAGAGGCCCGUCUGGGUGAUGCUGAUGGUCAACUCCCUGACCGAGACGGACAUCCGCUCCCGAGGAGUGCCCGUGCUCGACCUCUACCUGGCCCAGGAGGCUGAGAGGAUGAAGAAGACAACGGGAGCGGUGGAGCGGGUGGAAGAGCAGUGCCACCCACUGAACGGGCUCAACUUCUCCCAGGUGCUGUUUGCUUUGAACCAAACUUUGCUGCAGCAUGAAAGUCUACGGGCAGGCAGCUUGCAAGCUCCAUACACCACUGAAGAUCUCAUCAAGCAUUAUAAUUGUGGAGACCUGAAUGCUGUCAUAUUCAACCAUGAUACUUCUCAGCUCCCUAAUUUCAUCAACACAACCCUCCCACCCCACGAACAGGUGACAGCCCAGGAGAUAGACAGCUACUUCAGACAGGAGCUCAUCUACAAGAGAAAUGAGAGGAUGGGGAAAAGAGUGAUGGCCCUUUUAAAGGAGAACAUGGACAAGAGCUUCUUCUUUGCUUUUGGAGCAGGUCACUUCCUGGGCAACAACACUGUGAUUGAUGUGCUGAGACAAGCAGGAUUUGAAGUGGAGCAUACACCUGCUGGACAGCCAAUUGGAAACUCAAGGAUGAAGAACACAAGCCCAUCUUCAGAGGCCUCUUCAGGAACCACUGCACCAGCCGACCAUGUUUCUGAGCAAGUGCCAUUGUCCUCUCCUUCUCUGAAGCCUCUUCAGUCUGGUGAAGAAGACAGCCUGCCUCCUCACCUCCUGCUGCCAGAUAGCAUCAGCCAGCUAGAAGAGUUUGGCCGACAGAAGAAAUGGCACAAGAAGCAGCACAAACACUAUCGCCAAAGGCAGUUCAAUGACCUGUGGGUUCGGAUAGAAGACAGCACGACCACAUUACCUUCCUACAUCAGGAUCACCAAUGGUUACAUCACGGUCAAGCCACCCAUUUGGAUUUCAAACCGACUGGAUCAGAGACCACGCUCAGAUCACCCCUCUCACCAUCAACCCAAAAGCUCAGCGCCAGGCAGUGUGUUGGUGCCAUCACUAACUGCUUCUUUCUGUGUAGCAAUAGCUUCUUUCCUCCUGAGUCUACUGAGGCCUUCCUGACCCACCUCAUUUCAUGUGCAAUAGCCAGAGGAGAGAACAGAGAUAAUUUAUGACCCAACGGGAGGCUCGUUCAAGAGCAGUUUCAACCUGGAUGUUCUAACUGAAGGGUAAUGGUUGUGCCUCUAGCUGGUUUUGUUGCUUUCCCAGAUACGUUUUAAAACUCUAAAGCUUUAUGGUAACACUGACUUACAUCUUCUUUUUGUAGAAGGAUCUUUAUUUCCCAUAGUGCUAUGGGGCUUUGUAAAAUAUAUGUGUUCAUAUAAAAAAAAAAAAAAGAAAGAAGUGUAUUUAUUCGACUGGUAAACUUAUUGUUGUUUUAUAUGUUAAUAACAUCCGUAUUAAACAGUAGCAAUGGUGAAAUGGAUAAAUUAAUAUUUACUAUAUCUGUCUUUGAACUGACCCUCUGCAAAAGUCAGCAUUGACCCCCAAAGAAUGUGUUUUAGUCGUUUUACAGCCACCCUCUCAUAGGCCAAUUUGCGCUGAUCCUUUUUAUUUUAUCUUUUUUUUUCAAUCUGUUCACUGCAAUUUAAAUACACCUGAGGCAAAUCCUGCUUUCUGUGAGUUAUCUCCACUAGGAAAAAAGUGUGUUCUUACCUUGAACUGGGUAACAUUAGGUAAAAUCUUAGUGAAGGAGACAUAGGGCAUGACUACAUGUGCCUAUUUAAGGUGCUUUAGCCCGAUUUAAGGUACAUUAAGGGUGCAGGUCUAUACGGGCAUGCUCUUAAUGCACUUUAAAAAUGGUGAUUUUAGGCUAUUCUUGCCUAAAUUUGAUACCUCAAAAGGAGGUAUCAAAUUGAUGUGCAAAUAACUCAAGGGCCUUAACGCAUAUGUAGACAGGUUAAGGUCCAUUAGCACUGUGUAUUUUGACUGACUUGGGACUAACUUUAGUAGUUAUAAAGCAAAUGGUGAUCAAACCUUUCAUUGUCAUAGCUUUAGUCCCAAAUCAGUCCCAACACAGUGUUAAUGCACCUUAGUGCAUGCAUGUGUACACGCAUGCC